AAUUGAUUAUUGUUAAAUCUCGAUUGUUCUUCCUCUCACAUGCUUAUAUUAGUCAUCUUUUGAUUGAUAUACCAAACCCUAGAUAUUUUCUGAACCAAAUAAGUUGAUUGAGUUCAUGGGAAAGCAAGAAAGAUGGAUUUAAUGGUUGAAUCAAGAUGAAUUGAUGAAGUUAGGUUUUGAGGAAUUGAAUAGAAGAUGAAUUUGAAGUCUAGGGUUCUGAUAAUUGUGCUUGCUGAUGAUGAUGUAUAAAGCUGUUUUUAAUGUGUUGCUGAUGGAAUCACAUAGAUUACAUAAAUGGGUUUGACUGGGAUUUGUUUCUUUAUCUCUUGCUCAUACAGAUUGUUUAUGAUGUCUUCUUUUUUUUUGCUUCUGUUGACAUUUACAUUGAACUGAUAAGGAUAUGAACAGGAAAUAGUUAAAAUUCCAUGCCAUAUGCCAAACACUGAAUUUGGACUGGAGAGAGUCGGAACCACCUGGAAAUUAAUUUAUAGGUACUUGGAACUACCUAGGUAGUUGAAUUCUAGUGGUGCCAAACGGAUCCUAAAGGAAUUUAAGAAGCAUCACAUUUCAAUAUGGGAACCAGAUAACCCGGAUUUAAUGCAAAUAUGAGGACCGUCAGUAUUUUAUCAAGCAACGGUCAAAGCGAAUCGGUAAAAAAUUGUCAAAAGGCCCUUCCGAAAGAUCUCUCGUGUAGCCUCCAGAAACAAUAAGCAUCCACCAAAAAUUUGUUCUAUCAUACUCAUGCAUACAUUAUACCCUGUUUGCCUAGUCCAGCCCGGUUCAUUCCAGUAACAAGAAAGGUGAGUGAAAAAGGAGGUGUCGGUCUUGCAACUCCUCCACCUCCGAACUUGCAAAGUAAAUGAGGACCCACACACCGGUGCCCCGUUUCCAUCAAGAAGACACCUAAAACAACUGAAAAAUCUGUCCUGAUUGAAACCUCAACUCAAUACCUUCCUUACUUCGUAACAGAAACAAGUUUAUAAUUUCACCAGAUCUCAUCUUUGGAGAGAAACAGACAAGUAAUGGCAAUGGCGAGGUCAAGCUCUAGCCUCGCUUAUCCAGAGAGAUUUUAUGCAGCUGCUUCAUACGUAGGAUUUAAUGGAUCUUCUUCAGAUAUGACAUCAGUUACUUCUAAAUUCAAAAAUGAUGUUGCUGUUUUACUCUAUGGACUCUAUCACCAAGCAACAAUAGGACCUUGCAAUAUUCCAAAGCCUAGAGCUUGGAAUCCGGUGGAGCUGAGCAAAUGGACUAGCUGGCACGGGCUAGGAAACAUGGCUACUACAGAAGCAAUGCGUCUUUUUGUGAAGAUUUUGGAGGAAGAAGAUCCAGCAUGGUAUUCGAGAGUCCCUGAAUUUUUUAUCGAGCCAGUUGUAGAUGUGGAAAUGAAUGUGAGUGAUAUUAAGAAUCCUGAUAUGAAGUCACUUACUCAGAAUGGGGAUUCUUUACCUGAGCCAAAGACAAUUACUACUGAAAAUGGAAUGUCGUUGGAGACUCAAGAUAAAGAUGUUGUCUUGGAGGGCAUUGGUUCAGUGGAUGUGUAUGAUCAAUGGGUUGCACCUGUGCUAUCCGGUCAGCGCCCCAAAUCUCGAUAUGAGCAUGGAGCAGCAGUAGUUCAGAAUAAAAUGUAUAUUUUUGGUGGAAACCACAAUGGUCGUUACCUUAAUGAUAUUCAGGUUUUGGAUUUGAGAAGCUUGGCAUGGUCCAAGGUAGAGGUCAAGGCAGGGACCGAGCCUCUGGAAUCGUCGUCUCCGACUCCUUUGGCUCCUUGUGCCGGACAUUCCUUGGUACCAUGGGAUAAUAAGCUUCUAUCUGUGGCUGGACAUACCAAAAACCCUUCUGAAUCCAUCACAGUGAAGGCAUUUGAUUUGCAGUCUGGGACUUGGUCAACAUUAAAGACUUACGGAAAGGCACCGGCCUCACGUGGAGGUCAGUCAGUAACGCGUGUUGGGUCAAGUUUAGUAAUGUUUGGUGGUGAAGACGCAAAGAGAACUCUGCUUAAUGAUCUACAUAUUCUUGACCUUGAAAGCCUGACUUGGGAUGAUGUUGAUGCCGUGGGGGUGCCUCCUUCUCCGAGGUCUGACCAUGUUGCUGCAGUACAUGCAGAACGCUACCUGCUUAUCUUCGGUGGAGGGUCACAUGCUACGUGCUUCAGCGACUUGCAUGUACUUGACAUGCAGACUAUGGAAUGGUCAAAACCAACACAGAAGGGUGAACUUCCAACUGCACGAGCGGGUCAUGCUGGUGUGACUGUGGGAGAAAACUGGUUUAUCGUUGGUGGAGGUGAUAAUAAAAGUGGUGUCUCGGAAACUAUUGUGCUCAACAUGUCGACACUUGUUUGGUCAGUUUUGACCACUGUCCAAGGACGAGUUCCUAUGGCAAGCGAGGGGUUGAGCAUAGUUCUGAGCUCCUGCAAUGGUGAAGAUGUUCUUGUGUCUUUUGGAGGAUACAACGGGCGUUACAGCAAUGAGGUUAAUGUUCUUAAACCUAGUCGUAAAUCAGCAACGCAAUCAAAGAUCGCAGAAGAGAAUCCUAUGCCUGAAAGUGUUGCUACCCAACAGAAUGGGACAAGUGUUAUGAGGGGUUCGGAGUACGACCAUGAAGCAGGCUCAGAAGGAAAAGUAAGGGAAAUCGCCAUGGACAAUGCUGACAUGGAGCACGCCGGAAGCAAGGAAACUAGUGAGCAUUAUAUUGCAGCACUUAAGUCGGAGAAAGAAGAACUUGAAGCAGAAAUUGCUAAAGAGAAAUUGCAAUCCCUUCAACUUAAGCAAGAGUUGGUUGAAGCUGAGACAAGAAACACAGACAUUACCAAGGAACUUCAAUCUGUCCGUGGCCAGUUGGCUUCUGAGCAAUCUAGGUGUUUUAAGCUGGAGGUUGACGUUGCAGAGCUACGACAGAAGCUCCAAACUAUGGAAACCUUGCAAAAGGAACUUGAAUUGCUCCAACGCCAGAAAGCUGCAUCCGAACAAGCUGCCUUAAAUGCUAAACAAAGGCAAAGCUCUGGUGGUGUCUGGGGUUGGCUUGCAGGAUCUCCUCAAGAUCAAAAAGCUGAUGAUUCCUAGAUCAACAUUCUUUUUAUACUAUAUAUUAUACUGUGAUUUUAUUCAACAAAGAAGAAUUUCCGGCCCAGGCUAGGAUAAAUACGGAUUGCGAGAUUUAAACUUGACUAAAGAAAGUGGAAUUAUUGUUGGAAGUGAGGUGCUAGAAUAAUGUCAAGAGCUGCAAAAUUCCACGGGUGGAUGCAAAAGAUCAGUCUAUCUUAUACUCCCUCCGUCCCUAAUUAGAUGACCUAGUUAAAAUUUACUAGUAAAUUUAGAAAUGAUUCAUCUCUCAAACUAUACAACGGAUUUUCGUAAACUUUGUAUUAUUGGAAAGCAUUUUAAAACACCUACCUAAUGAAUAUAAAUAUGGCUAUCACAUUUUACAUAUUUCUUAAUAAUAAUAUUAAUCUAUUACUCUACUUAUUUAUGGUAUAAAUCAUCCAAUUAGGGACGGAGGUAGUAUGAGGUAGUAUUAUAGACUGCAGAGCGUAGUUGUUAUUGUUCCAUUUUUUCUUCUUCUCUCUUUCAUUGUAUUGUGAAUGACAGAGAACAAUUAGCUUUGCUGGUGUGGUCAUCAUGUUAUGCCCAGUAUAGAAACAUAGCCAUGGUGUUAAAACUAAUGUAAUUUUUUCUUCCAA